AACCAUCUCAAAAUAAUCAAUACUCAUACUUAAACUCAUAUAUACCUAACUUAGGAUCAAUACAUAUACUCCAACACAUAUAACAAUGGCUAAUGCACGUAAUUAAGUACGGGGUGUUACAGAAACAUGGGAAAAAACUCAUGGUUUGACUGUCACCGUCGAUUUUUGCCAAUGCAACAUGAGUUUAGGAGGAAUACUAGUGACUUUAUGAAGAAUAAGUCUGAUUUUGAGGAGCCACCGCCAAUCUUGUCGAGAGAAGAAAUUUGGAAUAGAGUGAGGAAUCUGCCCAAGGUAACAGAGUUUCCACCAUCCAGGAUACCUGGUUAUGGUGUUACACAUAACUAGACGAAAUGAAACAUAUUCUGGGAGUUAGAUUACUGGAAGGACAAUUCUCUGCCUCAUAAUCUUGAUGCCAUGCAUAUUGGGAAAAACUUCUUUGACAACUUGUUUAAUACUGUGAUGGAUGUAAGUAACAAAAUAAAAGAUAACUUGAAGGCCAGGAUGGACUUAAAGGAGUAUUGUCGGCGCAGUGAGUUAUACCUGACAUACUUAAAGAAUAAGAUUCAGAAGCCCAAGACCAGUUACACAUUCACUUUAGAUGAUAGAAGAGUGAUUUGUGAUUGGGUUAAGAAUUUGAGAAUGCCAGAUGGAUAUGCGUCAAAUUUAUCCAGGUGCGUUGACAUGAAGGAAGGGAAGUUGACCUCUAUGAAGAGCCAUGACUGCCAUAUUUUGUAUGGAGUCACUGAUGCUAAUUGCAUUCAGUGCAUUGCCCGAUAGAAUAUGGAAGUCCAUAAUAGAAUUUUUCAAAGAUUUAUGUUCUAAUACAUUAAAGGAGGAGAAUUUAUCUUUGAUAGAUAUCAACAUUCGCUUAACCUUAAACAAGUUGGAAAAAAUUUUUCCUCCUUGUUUUUUUGAUGUUAUGGAGCAUCUUCCAAUUCACCUUGUGCGUGAGGCACGACUUGGAGGGCUUGUUCAGUGUAGAAGGAUGUAUUCCUUUAAAAGGUAUUGACUUUUAACUUUUACUUCCAUGUGUUAUAAUUGAACAUUAUUUCAUCUAAAAGAUCAUACUAUGCAGGACUAUUGACAAAUGUAAGCGGACCAUAAAAAACAGAUCUCGAAUUGAGGGAUCAAUAUGUGAGACUUAUUUGGCUAAAGAGACCUCUUAUUUUUUUCAUAUUAUUUUAAACAUGAUAUACCAUGUCUGAGAAACCGACCUAAUAGGCAUGAUGAUGGAGACAAUACAGAUCUUUCAGCACUACCAUUUUCAAUAUUCAAUCAGCCAGGUAGAAGAAGUCCGAAAGUUGGUCCACUUCGAUAUUUGAAUGAAGUGGAGUUUAAGUCAGCUAAAACACAUGUAUUAUUAAUUGUCCCGAGGUACUGCCUUUUUAUAAGUGAGUAUAUUUAUAUUAAGAACAAUCAUUCAAGGUCUAUCUAAACUUUAACUAAUGAAAGUCAUAACUUUGUCGUACAGCUACUUCGUGGCUUUACACGGGGAUGAUGCUGUUUAUGCUAUGUUUUCAGUGUGGUUUAGAGAAUAUGUAAGUGUAACUUAAAUAUUUAACACCAUUUACACUUUUGUUCAGUGAUAUGUAUAUUUAAAUUUUAACUUUUCUUCAACUUUUUAUAGGUUCACAAUCCACUUAAUUAUAACCCAAAUGGCCAAUUUUUACGUGAUAUAGCUUGGGGACCUAAUGCUCAAGUCAAAAAGUUUUCUAAGUACUCUGUCAAUGGGUACAGAUUUCAUACAAAAGAAUUCUCUAAGGGCAAGAAAACUAACAACAGUGGGGUUUGGGUGAAAGGUGAUGGCAGUGUUGAUUAUUAUGGUGUGCUUCACGAGAUUUUAGAACUCGAUUAUCAUAUUGGUUGGCAAAAAAAAAUUGGUUCUCUUUCGGUAUAAGUGGUAUGAUCCUACACCUAGGUUAGGUACAAGAGUCCACCCUCAGUACAAGAUAGUCGAAACUAAGCGUACACGAGAGUAUGGACUCUAUGAUCCAUUUGUCAUUGCAUAAAACGUGAAACAAGUGUAUUACGCUCCUUAUCCUUUGUGUAAGAAUAAAUCUGCAUGGCGGGUAGUUAUAAAAACAAAGCCCGUGGGUAGAGUUGAAGUAGAGGAUACAUUGGAUGUAGCGUAUCAGAAUGAUAUUUCAAGUGUUGAAGAAAGGGUAGAUGAUGAAUUAGCAGGUGAGUUACAACAUAGCGAAGGCCUAUACGAAGAGUUUGAUCCUUCUAAACUUAGAUUGAUUGUUAAUGAUUAUGGAGAAGGAACAUCCGGGGCAAAUGACGAGGAAGAUCCAAUUGAUGAAAAUGAAAUAAGCGAGGAAGAGUUACUUGAUGAAAAUGAAACAAGUGAUGAGGAAAAAUUGAUGAAUGACUAUGAAACAAGCGAUGAGGAUUGAGUUGUUAUUAAUAGUAGUGUGUAGUAGGUCUUGAAUUGUAUUUUAGCUGUUGCUUGUUGUUAUUUUACUUGAAUAUAUGUGCUAUUUUCUGAACUACUUUAUUAGCUACAUUUACUUUGACUUUAUGCUUUAUACCUGCAAUAAUACUAACUUUAUUGUCCUUCCCCAAUAAUCGAAACUCCCUCUACUUGUGAAGUUUAUUUAUUCCUCUUUGUAUUUCAAGUGAUCAAAUUCAUUUAAUCAAACUACUAGCAUUUUCUUCAAUGCCCUUCAUCAGCACCUAUAGACUAGUUUCCUGGCCUGGUAUAUCUUGAUCAUCAUCAACCAAAUAUUCAAAACCAUUAGUUACUUUUGUUGUACAUCUAAGCUUUUAGCUGCCGAUUUAGUUAUAACCUACUGCCAUGUAUCCUCCUUUCUACCUGUGAUUUCCCUAUAUCUGUAGCUUCUGGUGCAGGCCUUUGUUUUGAUGUGCUAUUUCCAUAAACAGGUUUCUCCUACAACUUUUGAUGAGGUAUAACAGUUUUGAGGUGCAGGCCUUUGUUUUGUAAUAUUGAUGUACUUGUGUUGCUUCUUAUCCUUUGUAGUCUUCAUUGGAGCUUGAUUAUAAUUUGCAUACCAGAUAAAGAAGACCAACUGGGGCUAGUUUUACUUCACUUGGAUUCAAUAAGGCUCCACUGCAGCAAGACCCUUUUUGCUAUCGUAAGAAAGUGGCUAGUAAAGAAAAUCAAUGGCAUCAAAAGGGAAUGUUAAUGGACGACGUAAUAAGAGUAAGAAAGGAAUUGAUAAUGUUGCUACAGGUCAAUAUACCGUACCACCACCACUGCCUCCACCACCACCUGUUACCACAACUCUUCAACCAACUACUACAAAUAUUCCUCCCCUUCUUACAUGCACUAUUUUACUACCAAAUGUCUUUUUCAUGCCUCCACUGUCUGACCAGUUUCACACCUUUUCAUCCCAAAAUAGUCUACAUAGUAGCUCUUCAUUUGUGCCUUUGACAUCAUCCGCACCAAGCCUUUCUGGAUUGAGAGUUGGAGGUCCUAACACAUCAACAUCGCCAUCCAUGGACAGUGCCACAACACCUAGUGCUACAUCAGUUGCUUCUCAGAAUUUGCAAUUCAAAGGUGUAUUAGAAUAUGACAAUGUUGGGAGGCUACGAAUCAUCCCUUAUCGUGAUGGGUUCAUUCCUCAAUACACUGACGCGCAUAUGGUUAUAGAAAUAAUUAAACCAUUUUUCAAUGAGCCGUGGAAUAGUUGGUUAGAGAUUCCAUACAAAACUAGAAUUGUUGUGUGGAAACAGUUUGUGUGUACAUGGAGUGAUUGUCAUGAUAAUGAAGUAGACCGCAUUUUUCGGUUGAAAGCAGCUCUACGGAUCAAAGAACACUUGUAUGAGGCCCGGAAUAAAUUGGUAAAACCUAGUUGGUUGAAUGAUGAAGUGUGGUCUAAGUUCUUGAUAUUAUGGGAUACUCCUGAAUAUAACGCGAAGAGGGAACAGGGAAAGGCAAAUCGAGCCUCUGAAACGGGUGGCUCGCUGCACACCGGAGGUUCGAUGAGUUUCGCUACCCACCAAAGAAGACUGAAAUUCUUAAACGGGGGAGUAUAUGUACCUCUUCUACGGCCUUCGCAGAGACACAUAUGAAGAAAAAUCAGACGGUACAAAAGCAGAGUGGGUCAAACCGCGUGCUAAGGAUGCAUUUGAGGGAUUUCAAAAAAAGCAUUGAAGAUUGACGUUAAACUCAACUUGCUUCAGAGGAUGGUACCAUGGUCCAACCAUCGCCUGCUGAUAUGACUAGAAUAUGGACAACUGUGGUAGAUGGUCCAAAGAAGGGUAAAACCUACGGGAUUGGAGUUAACCAAUCCUCGAGUAGUUCUUCCCCAAUGUUACCCAACUCCGCUUAUAUUUCACAAAAUGCAGAAGAAACGGAAGCGAUGAGAACAAAAAUUGAAGAGUUGACGUAACACUGUGCAAAAUUUGCCAAGUUUGAGGCGUUAGUUAAGAAACAUAUGCCCCAAGUAUUUGAGAAUGGGGAAGAUAGUGAAUGAAGUGAUUAGAUUACAUUGUAGUGGUUGGUUCUUGUUUAUGAUAGUGAUAUUUAGACUUAAACUAUUACAAUUGGUGUUUGUUUUGGAUUGUGACGUUUAGACUUGUCUUGAAAUGAGUAUACUGUUUGAUUGUGCUA